AUGCUACUUCUGGAUCCUGGGAAUGAUAACAAGUUCAAAGAUGAGGAAGGAAAUUUAGUGUCCACCUUGAAGGAUGAUCCAAAGGGACUUUUAAGCUUAUACAAUGCGGCUUAUCUACGGAUACAUGAGGAGACCAUACUCAAUGAAGCUAUUUCUUUUACAAGGGACCAGCUUGCGUCCAUGUUAAGUGAUCUCACACCACCAUUAGCAACGCAAGUGAGACUCUUCCUUGAGAGUCCUCUCUGUAGAAGAAUGAAAAGGCUCUUGGCACGAAAUUACAUCUCCAUCUACCAAGAGUGUGCGACACAAAAUGAUGCCUUACUAGAGCUGGCAAAGCUUGACCUCAAUCUACUGCAAUGUCUUCAUCGCGACGAGAUUAAGAGCAUCUCCAUAUGGUGGAAUGAUUUAUUCCUCACCAAAAAUCUAAGUUUUGCACGAGAUCGGGUGGUGGAAUGUUAUUAUUGGAUACUUGCGGUGUACUUUGAACCUCACUAUUCUCGUGCACGAGUGAUUACCACCAAGGUGAUGGCCAUGACUUCUAUCUUGGAUGAUAUCUAUGAUCUCUAUAGCACAUUGGAGGAGAGUCAACUACUCACUCAAGCAAUUCAAAGGUGGGAUGCCAAGGCUGUUCAUCAGCUACCAGAGUAUAUGAAGGGCUAUUUUCUAAACCUAAUCCAUACCUUUGAGGAAUUCAAAAAUUUGCUAGCACCCAGUGAGAAGUAUCGUUUAUUUUAUCUUAAGGAAGCGAUGAAAGGUUUAUCAAGAUCCUAUCUCGAGGAAAACAAAUGGGCUGUCAAACAGUAUGUGCCAAAAUUAGAAGAACAUCUGCAAAUCUCGCUCAUCAGUUCAGCCUAUCCUAUGCUUGUUUGUGCUUGUUUUGUUGGAAUGGGGGAAGUAGCAACAAAGGAGGCAUUCGAGUGGGUUGCUAGUUUCCCUAAGAUCGUCAAGGCUUCUGCAUUAAUUGCUCGUAUCGUCAAUGACUUCGUUUCACAUGAGCUGGAGCAAACCAGGGAACAUGUUGCCUCCACAAUCCAAUGCUACAUGAAAGAGUUUGGUACAAAUGUGCAUGUGGCAUGCGAGAAUCUCCAAGUUUUGGUUGAAGACGCAUGGAAAGAUGUAAACGAAGAGUGCCUCAAUCCGACUGCAGCAUCCGUGCCUUUGCUUGAAAGGAUAGUCAAUUUUCUAUGCCUAUUUAAUGAUAUUUACAAGGAUAUUGAUGGAUACACCAACUCGUCUACUUAUACUAGAGACAAUAUUUCUUUGUUACUGGUGCAUCCUAUUGAGAUUUGAUCAUGUACUCCUAUCAAUCCUAUGGUCUGAAUCUCG